CUUUUCCGCCCACUGCUUAUGACGGCACGGAGUACAUUUGGGCACAAUUCUUUAGACGUAUCCUUUCACGGAGAUUGAAGCAUCCUCAAGAGCGUGCACCACUUGAUUGAUAUGAUGAAUCUCUCGAAUCGCGGCCAACUUGGCUGAAGGGUGAGUAAGAAAGACUAUUCCGCCACAUCGUUGCUGUUGCACCUGUUGAACUCGUUCCGCGGCAGUCUGGAUCGACUGGUCAAGGUUCUGACCAGAUGGCGCCCAAGAAGCCUUCAGCCACAGGCAAGGGCAAGAAGCCAACUCCCGCACCGCCAGUGCCUGACAGUGAUCAUAUUGUGUUUACCAAUAACAAAGACGACAAAAAGAAGAAGGAUCAGAAACCUCCCGAGGGACCACCCCGACCAGACGCCCGCAAGGUGAUCGGAGGCCAAUCAUGGACAGGAAAACUGCCUGUCAACCUUUUGUCAGAACAUUGUCAGCGGCAGAAAUGGAACAAACCCGAGUAUCAAGGUCGGCAGGUUGCAGGAAGCGGCGACGGUGACGGCGACGGCGAAAAGCUGCAUCGGUCCUGGGUCGUACUAUCAAGAACGGAUCCGAAAUCUCGCGAGAUCAUCAAGCUUCCUCCUUUUCAACUACCUGCCUCACAUGCGCAACUCGGAGAUCAGUCUACAGCACUCGAAGCGCGGCACUUUGCAGCCGCGUACACUUUGUUCCGGAUCUCCAGCAUGAAGAACCUCGCAAUGGCAUUGCCUCCAACCUAUCGUGACCUCUGGAAAGGCGACUUUCAACGCCUAAAAGAGGAAGAUGUCAAAGAGGGCCGAGCUUGGAAGUAUGAUGCCGAUCCUUUUGCGGCGGAGGUCAAAAGGCGAGAGAUCAAGGCAGCAAUGGAGAAAAGACAACAACAACAAGCCUCGCAACCACCGAAAAUCGAAACACUGAGCCUGGUGAAUCCAGGUGCAACCAACACAACACGGAAAGGAUGGGAUAGUGCACCGAGGAUUGAAUUGGGGCAGAACACACGGACACGUAUCGAAACAAUCAUUAGAACCAAGGGAUCGUGGAACCAGAAUGCCUUGAAGAUCGUACUUGCGGAGAGGGCAUCUAUCGUAUCAGAUCUCAAAAAGUCAGGCUUUCUGCAAAGUCAUAUCGAAGAAGCUUUGGAGUAUUGCGGCAGCAGAGAAGAAGUCUUGGAGUGGUUGUUGAUCCAUGUUCCUGAGGAUUCGCUGCCUCAAUGGAGCUUUCCUUCCGGCUACCAUGCUGGUGUAUCGCUGGUAACGAAUGACCUUGCAACUGAUGCAAAGGUGAAAAGAAUGGCCGAGGGUGGCUAUCAUACUCAACUAUGUGUUCAAGCACUCCGCGACAAUCAUGGAGAUGAGACUCUGGCGCUUGAGGCGCUUCAAGCACAGCUUGUUCCUCUUGCCAAUAACGUUUCUGAAGAUACCGUGACGGACGCAGAUAUCUGGUCGGAGGAGAUGACGGCUCUCGAAGCUAUAUUGGCUGAAAAGUAUUCUUCGGCCGGACCAGGUCAGUGCUCAAUUGUGUCUGGUCCAGAAUCAUCUGUCUCAGUCACAUUCCAUUUCCGGCGGCCGACAUAUGGGUAUCCUACCUCUUCACCGCCUAUCAUUCUGCUUCGAAAAACAGAUCUACCAAGCUAUGUACGACUGAGUAUCACGAAACAGGCCGUCAAAUAUGCGCAGGAAAAUCUACUGGGUGACCAGAUGAUUUUCAGUCUGAUACAAUGGCUCGAGGAUUCUAUGCCGAGCAUCAUCGCAAACCCCGGAAAAUUGAGCGAUCUUGAGAUUCUCUCUCCGUCGCUCAAUGCGAAACAGCCCACAGCCUCAGCCGACAAAUCGCAGGCAUCACGCCGAAGCAAGAGGCCUGAAAGAGGUGCUGCAAGGGAUGUCCGAUCAAACAAGGCCAUUCUCGACGCAUGGACAGCUAGACAGGAUACUCAGCCGCAGAAGAGAAUGAACCAAGGACGACAGAACCUGCCGGCAUGGGCCAAGAAAGAUCUCAUCGUGGCGGAAAUUCAACAGCGGCAAGUAACUCUGAUCACCGGCGAGACCGGUUCAGGAAAGAGUACACAAGCCAUCCAAUUCGUCCUUGACAAUGCCAUUCAGGAGCUGAAGGGCUCUUCCACCAACAUCAUCUGCACUCAGCCGAGGCGAGUCGCCGCGCUGUCCCUGUCUGACCGUGUCAACGCAGAGAGAUGCUCUGUGGAAGGGCAUGAAGUGGGAUACAUCAUCCGAGGAGACUCCAAGAUCUCGACCACAACGAAAAUCACCUUUCAAACGACCGGUGUCCUGCUACGUCGCUUGCAGGGCGCUGAGAACGUCAAGUCCGCAUUACAAGAUGUCAGCCACGUCUUCGUCGACGAGGUCCACGAGCGCUCCCUCGAUACUGAUUUCCUGCUAGCUCUUCUGCGAGAUGCGCUACCUUCACUACCUCAUCUCAAGAUCGUCCUUAUGAGCGCGACAUUGAACGCCGACACAUUCGCAAAUUAUUUCGGUGGCAGUGCCGUGGGCAGGGUGCACAUCGAGGGCAGAACAUACCCUGUCCAAGACUAUUAUCUUGACGAUGUUGUCCGUCUGACUGGAGGAAGUAAGCGCGGCGCAUCCGAAGACUCGGAGGACAUGGACAUGAAUGUCGGCAAGGCCAUCCAAAAUCUCGGCAUGGGAAUCAAUUAUCAACUCAUCGCCAGUCUCGUACAAGUCAUCGACUCCGAGCUGGGCAGCGACGAUGGUGGCAUCCUGAUCUUCAUGCCCGGCACACUGGAAAUCGAUCGCUGUCUGAAAUCACUGAAUGACUCGCCACACAUCCACGGCUUACCCUUACACGCAUCACUCACACCAGCCGAGCAGCGCAUCGUCUUCAAGCGCCCACCGCCAGGAAAGCGGAAGGUCGUGGUAGCCACCAACGUGGCCGAAACGUCGAUCACGAUCGAGGACAUUGUUGCCGUCAUCGAUACGGGUAAAGUCAAGGAGACGAAUUACGACCCGACCUCUAACAUAGUGAGGCUCGAAGAAGUCUGGGCGUCGCAAGCGGCAUGCAAACAGCGCCGCGGUCGAGCGGGUCGUGUCCAAGCGGGUGAAUGUUACAAGCUAUUCACACGCACUGUCGAGGCAAACAGUAUGCCAGCUGCUUCGGCGCCAGAAAUGCACCGCACCCCGCUCGAGCAGCUUUGUUUGUCAGUCAAAGCGACAGGUUCAGACAGGAAUGUCGAAGAGUUCCUGGCGCGAACUAUAUCGCCGCCGGACAGUCGCGCCGUCUCCGCCGCCCUGAAGACCCUUCGGCGCAUGGGUGCGCUGGACAACGACCGUCUGACCGGUCUGGGCACUUAUCUCGCCAUGAUCCCGGCGGACCUGCGCUGCGCGAAGCUGCUCAUUUAUGGCGUCCUAUUCGAGUGUCUAGCCCCGUGUCUUACGAUCGCUGCGAUCUUGACGACGAAAUCCCCGUUCGCAUCGCCACGAGAUAAACGUGACGAGGCGAAAGAGGCGCGCACGUCAUUUCCCACGGCCGACGGAGAUCUGUUGCUCGAUUGCACCGCGUUCGAGACCUGGAAGGAUGUCUCGUCGGGUAUGCGCUACAGGGAUAUACAGGACUGGUGCUCCUCGAGAUUCUUGUCUCAGCAGACGUUGCGGGACAUCGACUCGACGAGACGCCAGCUCCUCGACUCACUUAUUGAGACGGGUCUGCUUCGCUCUACUGAUGCUGCAGGCCAGAACAAUCGCCGGAGAAGUAAUGUCAUGCUUCUCCGUGCGCUGAUCGCAGGAGCAUUGAAUCCGCAGAUCGCGCGUAUUCAAAUGCCGGACAAGAAGUACAUUGCUUCGAUGUCCGGGGCGAAGGAGCUUGACCCGGAGGCCAAAACGAUCAGGUACUUCAACGAGGAGAAUGGGAGGGUCUUUGUGCAUCCUAGCUCCGUCUUGUUCGAUGCCCAGGGCUUCUCUGGCGCGGCGACUUUCGUCAGCUACUUUACCAAAAUGGAGACCAGCAAAACGUUCGUUCGUGAUUUGACGCCCUUGAACGCUUAUGCGUUGUUGCUGUUCGGCGGGCCGAUUGAGGUCGAGACUUCGGGUGCUGGGAUCCUUGUCGAUGGGUGGUUGAAAUUGCGUGGGUGGGCAAGGAUCGGGGUGUUGGCGUCCAGAUUACGGGCUUUGCUGGAUGAUGAGUUGCGGAGAAGGAUAGAUUCUCCUGGCACAGCUGAUGAUGGUGGUCUGUUUGAUAUAGUCACGCAACUUGUGGCGCUGAACGGCCAGGACCAAUAGGGAAGGAUAGGAUUGGGACUGUACAGAGAUCUAACGUAGAUGCAAAUUUCGACAGGUAAAAGCAACCCGC